ACCACUACAAAUGGCGUGGCCCCUCCUUAGUGCUCUAGCUAAUGAAUAGUGUGGACAUUCGGGUUUUUUUAUAGAUCCAUGGGACAUUCGGACACGUUGCUUUUUUUUCUGAAUGUCUCUCUUUUUUGUGUGCUGUAUCUUUAGCGCCACCUACUGAUUUGGGUACGUCAAAAACGAACAUGUGGGCCGUUCUCUGUUGCACAGUGUCAAGUCAAACAGCUGCAAACCGACGCUAGAGUAGCACACAGCUCCUGCCUUCUCCAGUGAAUGUACUUAUGAUAAAUAUUAUAGAUGUCUGCAUUUUGUUGAGGCUUAUUUGAUCGCACCGACGGGUUAACCUUCUUCUACUUUGUUCAACAUACCAGUGUAAAAAUCAUCUAUCAAUGCUAAGCUAGCUGAAGACAGAAGAAAAAAAUGGCUACUGUUUCAAUACCAGUAAAUACUUGUGCACUACUAUUGGAUAUCGAAGGGACGACGACUCCAAUCACGUUUGUAAAGGAUAUACUAUUUCCAUACAUAAAGGAGCACCUAGAAGAUUACCUAUCAGCGCACUGGGAAGAGGAUGAAUGCAAACAAGAUGUCCAUCUUCUUAAAAAACAGAUAGAAGAGGACAUGAAACAAAACCGAUCUUGCCCUGUCCACACUGUGGACCAGACGGUACACACAGAUGAAGAGAAAGCCAUUAGGGAAGUGGUGGAUAAUGUUCUAUGGCAGAUGGCUGCAGACAGGAAGUCUACUGCGCUCAAGCAGCUACAAGGACACAUGUGGCGGGCUGCCUACACAUCUGGGAAAAUUAAGGGCCAGGUAUAUGAAGAUGUAAUUCCAGCAAUCAGAAGAUGGCGGGCAAGUGGCCUAAAAGUUUACAUUUAUUCCUCUGGGAGUGUGGAGGCGCAGAAACUUUUAUUUGAAUACUCUGUCGAAGGAGAUGUUUUAGAUUUAUUUGAUGGUCACUUUGACACAAAUAUUGGUGCCAAGGUAGACAGUAAAAGUUAUAAAAAUAUAGCAGAAAGAAUUGGCUGUGGACCAAAUGAAAUCACUUUUUUGACAGAUGUUACUCGUGAGGCAAAAGCAGCAGAAGAUGCUGGAGUAAAUGUGGUAGUGGUUGUUAGGCCUGGCAACAUGGAGCUAACAAAUGAAGAGAGAGACCAUUAUAACCUCAUAACUACAUUUAACCAGCUUGAAGUGUCGGGAUAACAUAUCUAUGGACAGUUGAAACAAAGACGUAACUCAGUUAAAAUACUGUACUUGUUUUGUCCUCCUUGUCCCCUAAAGUCCAAUUAUAAAUUCAGCUUAUAUUGACCCUCAAAAUCAUGGCUCACUAAAAGAACAUUUAACAAAAUGCUUCCAGAGUGCAAAAACAAAUGAGCUACAUGUUUGAAAGAAAAUAAAGCAUAGUUGACUUUUAACCUUUUAGUUAACAUUCAUAGUCCAAAAUUUUGAUUGUAGGAAUGUCUUGUAAUCAAUGUGUCAAGGGAGAUGUAUAGUGGAUAAACUUAUGUGAAAAAAGACCUGCUUAAGUUGGUGUGCAACAAAAGGUGCUUUCAACUUGUGUGAGCCAUUAUAAUUUUGUAGGGAUGAAAAGACUUAAGAGUGAUAAUUGAUGUAUAUUGCAUAAAGCAAACCAUGGAGAGUAAAAAAAUAAAAAAUAA